AUGAUGGGCUCGGUGCUGCCCGCCGAGGCCCUGGUCCUCAAGCCCGGGCUGAAGCCGCAGGGGCUCUCGCUGGCCGAGGUGAUCACCUCCGACAUCCUGCACAGCUUCCUCUACGGCCGCUGGAGAAACGUCCUGGGCGAGCAGCUCUUCGAGGAGAAGAGCAGCCCCAAGACAGCGUUCACGGCCGAAGUGCUGGCUCAGUCCUUCUCCGGAGAGGUGCAGAAGCUCUCCAGCCUGGUGCUGCCGUCGGAAGUGAUCAUCGCCCAGAGCUCCAUCCCCGGGGAAGGGCUCGGCAUCUUCUCCAAGACUUGGAUCAAGGCUGGCACCGAGAUGGGGCCGUUCACGGGCAGGGUCAUCUCCCCCGAACAUGUGGACCUGUGCAAGAACAACAACCUCAUGUGGGAGGUUUUCAAUGAGGAUGGCACCGUGCGGUAUUUCAUCGAUGCCAGCCAGGAGGAUCACCGCAGCUGGAUGACCUACAUCAAAUGCGCACGGAAUGAGCAGGAGCAGAACCUCGAGGUGGUCCAGAUCGGGAACAGCAUCUUCUACAAGGCCAUUGAGAUGAUUCCUCCAGAUCAAGAGCUGCUGGUCUGGUAUGGGAACUCCCACAACACCUUCCUGGGCAUCCCAGGUGUGCCAGGGCUGGAAGAGGAGCAGAAGAAGAACAAACAUGAGGAUUUCCACGCGGUGGAGACGGGGGCCAGCACGACGGGGCGCAUGCGCUGCGUCAUCUGCCACCGCGGCUUCAACUCCCGCAGCAACCUGCGCUCCCACAUGCGCAUCCACACCCUGGACAAGCCCUUCGUGUGCCGCUUCUGCAACCGCCGCUUCAGCCAGUCCUCCACGCUCCGCAACCACGUCCGCUUGCACACGGGCGAGCGGCCCUACAAGUGCCAGGUUUGCCAAAGUGCCUACUCCCAGCUGGCGGGGCUGCGGGCGCACCAGAAAAGCGCCCGCCACCGGCCCCCCAACGCCUCCCUGCAGGCCCACUCGCCCGCCCUGCCCGUGCCCCACCCUGCCUCCCUGGCCCAUCACAUCCCCACCAUGGUGCUGUGA